AUGGCGCCAAAACACCGCCCAGCGACCUCGGGCUAUGCUCGUCUUUCCCAGGCAGAUGCCCAUGAUUACCUCGACGAGUCCGACGAUGAGAACCGGCGCCCUUUCCCUCCUGUGGCCUCGAAUUCAGCUCCUCGGUUCGCUUCCAUUCAGUCCCAUAGCCAGAGACAUGACACAUCGGACGUGUAUUAUAGACGCCAGCAUGGCCGGAACCGAGCUCGCAGUAAUUCUUCCGGAGUCGAUAUCAAGGCAAUUAACAUGCGGUUGGAGAAAUGGGCUGAGGAAAUUGCCUCAAAGUUCAAGAUAAAUCGGGUACACGGGAAGACUUCAGAGGAAGAAGAACUCGAAAUCCAUCAUUCUGUCUUUCAACCAUUGGAGGGCAUCCGCCCGGUCACGGCAGCGUCUCUAGAAUCUGACCAUGGUAGCGGUGACCGAAUGACAAAGGCUGAAUUCGAGCAGGUUGUGGACAGUGUUAGGACGGCCAUUGAACUUGGUGUUCACCCGAAAAUGAUCUCACAGGGAAGCUCUGGCAGUUACUUUGCGAGAAAUGCUCAAGGGAAAGUCGUUGGAGUGUUCAAGCCCAAGGACGAGGAGCCCUAUGCCUCACGGAACCCAAAAUGGACUAAAUGGAUACAUCGAAACCUCUUCCCGUGCUGUUUUGGUCGCGCCUGUCUUAUCCCUAACCUUUCCUACGUUUCGGAAGCGGCUGCAUAUGUUAUAGACACCCAGUUACGAACACACCUCGUUCCUUAUACUGAUAUUGUCUACCUGUCCUCUAAGUCUUUCCACUAUGACUUCUGGGACCGACGAAAGGCCUGGUAUGGCAGGAGACCCUUGCCUCCCAAGGUAGGCAGCUUCCAGGUCUUCCUCAAGGGCUUCAAAGACGCAAACGUAUUCCUCCGAGAGCACCCUUGGCCAGAUCAACCAACCACAGGGUUCCGCGCUGAAGAUGCUCCCCGUAGGAAGAAGAGAGGUUGGAAUGAUACCUGUGCUCCCUCAGGUGCUCAAUCUGAUGACGAAGAAGGAAAUGAAAACCGCCGCAUGCUCGGAGCAAAUACACCGCAGGAUACUUCCGAACAUCAUAAAUUCUACUGGACUGAAAAUCUGAAGCAGGGCUUCCGAGAAGAGCUUGAAAAACUAGUUAUUCUAGACUACAUCAUGCGAAACACUGACCGUGGUCUCGAUAACUGGAUGAUAAAGAUCAACUGGAACACAGAGGAAGUUGCCAUUGUAUCAGACCCUGUCCGCCUGAAUGAGACAGACCAUUUGGGUGACGAUGAGCCAAUGCCACCUGCUCGUCCAGUCUCUGUGAACUCGCACGGAAAACCCUCCCGUUCGGCUCCAUAUCGACGCCAGGAUGCCAUGACAGCAACUAGUCGUUCUGGAACGCCAUCAAACGCAGCCGAGUUAGCUCAGGCAACCCUUUCGAUCGGUGCUAUAGAUAACAGUUUGUCUUGGCCCUGGAAGCAUCCUGAUGCUUGGCGUAGUUUUCCAUUUGGCUGGCUCUUCCUCCCAGUCUCCCUUAUCGGCCAGCCGUUCUCACAAAAGACUCGUGAACAUUUCUUACCACUUCUCACAUCCACAGCCUGGUGGACUGAGACUCAAACUGCACUCAGAGCAGUUUUCAGCCAGGACUCUGAUUUCAAGGAAAGCAUGUUUGCCAGGCAAAUCGCUGUUAUGAAGGGGCAGGCAUGGAAUGUUGUUGAGACCUUGAAACAGCGGGACCACGGGCCCCUUGAGCUUACUCGGAGAACCAGAGUAUGUGUCUGGGACGACCUAGUAAACGUCCCUGUCGCAAUCCCGCUUCGUACGCCCUCGACCGAUGCCCACACGCACCGAGCCAACGGGAGAAAUCAACACCAUGAGGAAAUGGACAUCGGAGCCGCCAUUUCCGCCGAACCCCGAGGCCAUCGGGAUCUCUUGAGCUUCGGGUCACCAACGAGCGAACUACCGAACCCUAAUCGAUUUGAGCUGUCUCGUGACCGGGCGUCGAUGGAUUCUAGCGCAGCAGACGGGAUAGUGAGCCCCGUGUCGCUUGACAAUUCCCGCCUUCGCAGCAUUGAGAAUUUUGAGGAAGGUGGCCGCAAACUUGCCACAAGCUGGGCCCCCACGGCCGCUCGACUAAACGACCAACAUUCCAGACGCAGGUCACACAUUAACGGCAAAUCUCCAUCACACAAGAAACGCAAUUCCAUAUCCCAACGCCGAGACAGUGCGUUUGACUUUGGCGGCGAUGACCUUGAAGGCGACCUUGGCUAUGCCGCUGCAGAGGAAAUGGACGGCCACGAACGCAAGGUAAUUGUCGAAAGACUUGAAACCGUCAAAAGCAAAAACCCCGUCUUUACCUGGUGGUAA